UCGUAUUGUUCUCACGCAACCAAACUGGCGACAUCAUCUUUGUUUAGAAAUGGCUCGCACGAGAAACAGUGUAUUGGAAACAAGAACCUUAACCCUGAAAGGAAAGUUUCUAUUUUCAGCAGGGUGACAUACUGGUGGUUCAACAGUGUUAUAACUUUAGGUUAUAAGAGAGCAUUGCAGAGAGAAGACCUCUUUGAAUUAAAUGAUGAAGACUCAUCUUACACUGUAUGCCCCAGCUUUGAGAAACAGUGGAGGAAAGAAAUUAUUGGGCCAACUGAGGUACCAACAGAAGACGAGGAAAGCCUUUUGGGAAAAGAAAAAAAGCAUAAGCCCUCUUUGCUUCGUGCUAUAUGGCAGACAUUUAGAUGGCUUCUUAUUCAGAUUGCACUUCUGAAAGUGUUGGCAGAUUCUCUGGCUUUUAUCAGCCCUCAGAUACUCAAGCUCAUCAUUGCUUUCUGUGACAAUCAGCCCAUGUUUGAUUGGAAUGGUUCUACCUAUGCAAUUGCCCUUCUUGUGGCUGCUGCCUCUCACACCGUUGUGCUCCAGAUUUACCAACGCUUCAACAUGCUGACUGCAGCUAAGAUCAAAACUGCUGUGACUGGGGUGGUGUACAAGAAGGCCUUAAACCUGGCAAACUGCUCUCGAAGGCAGUUCACGACUGGUGAAGUUGUGAAUUUAAUAUCGGCGGACGCCCAGCAGCUGAUGGAUCUGGCUGUGAACCUGAACCUGCUUUGGUCAGCACCAUUCCAGAUCCUGUUGGCAGUCUUCUUCCUGUGGCAAGAUCUGGGCCCAUCAGUGCUGGCUGGUGUUGCGGUUCUAGUGCUUGUCAUACCAUUGAAUGCUGCGGUGGCUUCCAGAAUGAAACAGCUGAAGAAAAGUCAAAUGAAGACCAAGGACCGACGUGUUAAACUGCUAAAUGAAAUUUUGCAUGGAAUUAAGAUUCUGAAGCUGUAUGCAUGGGAGCCAUCAUUUCUUCAGAAGGUAGUGGACAUUCGAGAAAGCGAAAUGGAGGUGCUGAAAUCUUCAGGAUACUUGACUGCCUUUUCCAUGCUGAUGUUAACCUGUGUCCCUUUUUUGGUUUCCUUGGCAACGUUUGGAGUCUUUGUAUUGGCAGAUGAUGGGAAUGUUUUAACUGCAUCCAGAGUUUUUACAUCAAUCUCCUUGUUUAAUAUUUUGAGAUUGCCACUGUUUGACCUACCUACUGUAAUUUCAUCGGUUGUUCAGACAAAGGUAUCUCUCAGUCGACUGGAGAACUUCCUCAGUGGAGAAGAACUUAAACUGCGAGAUGUUCAGACUGAGUACCUUGGAGGCCAUGCUGUAGGAUUCACUGGAGCUUCCUUUCGUUGGGAUAAAACUGGACGUCCAGCUUUAAGAGAUCUGAAUAUGAAAAUACCAGAUGGAUCUCUGGUUGCAGUGGUGGGCCAGGUUGGUGCUGGAAAAUCAUCCCUUUUGUCUUCUAUCCUUGGGGAGAUGGAAAAGGUUGAAGGCCUCGUCCAGAGAAAGGGUUUGGUGGCAUAUGUUUCCCAGCAGGCUUGGAUUCAGAAUGCCACCUUACAAGAAAAUAUUCUUUUUGGCUCAGAAAUGAAUGAGAAGCUGUACCACGCAGUUUUGGAGGCAUGCUGUCUCCUCCCUGACCUUGAACUUCUGCAAGAUGGGGACCAAACAGAAAUUGGAGAGAGGGGAGUGAAUCUGAGCGGUGGGCAGAAGCAAAGAGUGAGCCUGGCGAGGGCUGUUUACAGUGGCGCUGACAUUUACCUGCUGGAUGAUCCCUUGUCAGCUGUUGAUGUGCAUGUUGGAAGACAACUUUUGGACCGAGUGAUUGGACCCACUGGACUUAUAAACAGCAAAACAUGCAUUUUAGUGACCCACAGCCCUGCAGUGUUACCUCUUGCUGACAUGAUAGUGGUGAUGGAAGAUGGCAAGAUAAUUGAGAUGGGAUCCUAUCAGAAACUACUGUCUGACAGGCAGAAGUUUGCAGAAUUCCUUGACAUUUAUUGCCAAGAAACUAAAGGCAGCUGCUCCAGUGCUGAAGAAAAACUGAAAAGCAGCACAUUCUUAAGAGAAAUAUCGAAAGGGCGCUCUCAAGAAAAGCAAGCCCAGCGUGUAAUGAAUAAGGAAAAAGUUGCAACUGGAAAUGUUAAAGGAUCUGUUAUCAAGAAGUACCUACAAUCCUUUAGAUGGCUGUGGGUUCUUCUCACCUUAGGUGCCUAUUUAGGCCAGAAUAUCAUUUCAGUGGGACAGAACUGGCUACUUAGCACUUGGACAUCAGAGGCCAAACAGGUUCAGGACCUGACUGAAUGGAAGGAUCUCAGGAACUCGAGACUCGCCAUCUAUGGGCUAAUGGGUCUCAUGCAAGGUUUGCUGGUAUGUUGCGGUGCUUAUGUCUUGACCAGAGGGAGUUUGCAUGCCUCUCGGAUUCUGCAUCACCAGAUGCUCGACAGCAUUCUUCAUCUUCCUCUUCUGUUCUUCGAGACAACCCCUAUGGGUCAGGUCAUCAGCAGGUUCACUAAGGAUAUCUUUACAAUUGAUGAGCGUUUCCAUUAUUACCUCCGGACCUGGUUGAACUGUAUGUUGGAUGUGGUGGGAACCGUACUGAUAAUUACUGUCGUCACGCCAACUUUUCUGUUGGUUGUCUUGCCAUUGGCUGUCCUUUACCUUACUAUUCAGAGGUAUUACAUUGCAAGUUCCAGACAGAUUCGUCGGUUGGAUGGAGCAUCCCGCUCCCCUGUGAUCUCACACUUUAAUGAGACUCUGUUUGGUGUGUCUACAAUCCGAGCAUAUGGAUACCAGGACCAGUUCAUUAACCAGAACAAACAAGUAUUGAAUGAAAACCUGCUCUGCUACUAUAACAAUGUCAUUUCAAACAGAUGGCUGGCAGUGAGACUGGAGUUUGUUGGAAUCCUGAUGAUAUUCUUAGCUGCCAUAUUCAUGGUUUAUAAUAAAGACAGUAUGGAUUCUGGAACAGUGGGUUUAGCCAUGUCGUAUGCUUUAAAUAUCACUGCAACUUUGAAUUUCUGGGUUCGUAAAGCAUGUGAAAUAGAAACCAAUGCUGUGGCUAUUGAAAGAGUUUAUGAAUAUGCUGAAAUGGAGAAAGAGGCUCCUUGGGUCCUAUCCAAAAGACCACCUCAAAGAUGGCCUAGCCAAGGGAUUGUCGAAUUCAUUAACUAUGAAGCUCGAUACAAGAAGGACCUGGAGCCUGCUCUGAAAGACAUAACAUUCCAGACAGUCAGUCAGGAGAAGGUUGGAAUUGUUGGAAGAACUGGUGCAGGGAAAUCCACCCUAAGUAACUGCUUAUUCAGGAUCAUAGAAGGGGGAAAAGGCAUUAUUUUAAUAGAUGGUGUUGACAUAGCCAGUAUUGGGCUACAUGACUUGCGUGGGAAACUCAACAUUAUUCCACAGGACCCCAUUUUAUUCUCGGGGUCCCUCAGGUUGAACCUGGAUCCAUUGGAAAGGCAUUCUGAUGCAGAGCUGUGGCAAGCUCUGGAAAUAUGUUAUCUGAAAGACUUUGUGUGCUCAUUACCGAAGCAGCUGCACCAUGAAGUUUCAGAGGGUGGAGAAAAUCUCAGCGUUGGACAACGGCAGCUGAUCUGCCUUGCACGUGCCUUAUUACGGAAAACAAAAAUAUUAAUCCUAGAUGAAGCAACUGCCUCUAUCGACAUGGAAACUGACAACUUGGUCCAGCUGACCAUUCGGAAGGAGUUCUCUGACUGCACCAUACUAACUGUAGCUCACAGGUUACAUGCAAUAAUGGACUCGGAUAGGGUGCUAGUUCUGGAUUCUGGAAGAAUUGUAGAGUUUGACUCUCCAAGCAAUCUGAUCCAGCGAAAGGGUGUUUUCUUUCACAUGGUUUCCGAGGCUGGCAUAAUUCAGAACAAGAAGAGUGACUCUAUGAGACAUUGGGACUGAAACAGUCACUGGCUUAUUUGAUGCACUGUAGCAUUUUGAGCACCUAAAGCAAAAAAAUGACAGAUAGUAAUUCCAAACUACUGUUCUUUUCAAGUGCAAUUAGUAAAAAAUAAAAUGUAAAUCUUAAGUUAGCAUUUACUUGGGGUAAAGGUCCUUGUAAAAUGAUCCCAGUAUGCCAAGGUUGUUCAUGCUAAUUAAUUUCAAUUAAGGUAUUAGUAACUUAUCAUACUUCCAAAACCAUGUAACUUAGAUAUGCUCAUUUACAGUGUUUAGUUUUAAGGAACGCUCAGAUAUUGUAAUACCUGCAGUUAUUGACAUUUAAAACUUUUAAAAAUUAUUCUCAAUAACUAAAAGGCAAUAACAACAUAUGCAUGUAAUCAAACAAAAAAUAAAUACUUAUUUUUAAAAAAGCACUCAGCACAAGUAAUUGCACAUAACCUCCUGUAGGAAGUGUAUUAUUGCCUCAAGAAUAACUGAGCAUGGCACAUACAUGUUUUAAACUGCCCUGACUUGCAGUACAAGACAGUUCAACCUACUAUGUAAUAUUUUAUAUUCCAUUGCCAAACAACCGCUGCUGAACUUACCCAAUCCCAAACAAAACUGAUAAUGAAUUCCUCUGGUUUUGAGAAGUCUGCGUAACGCUUGAGUAUUUAUUGUUGACACACAAUAUGUGAGUUCAAAAGGCUUUGUUGGGAGAGCUCAUGGUAUGAGGAUGUGUACAGAGCAAAAGGGAUAGUGCAGCUGUUUAGUUUUGCUUCCAAGUCUCACUCACAUGCUCAUUCUCACUUCCUGUAUCCCCUGCAUAAAGAUAUAUAUCAGAACCCUAAUUGUCCUAAUACACCUUAAUACAAACGUACAUUCAUUCAAGGUGUAGAUCCACAUUUCAAACAUAGUGCAACCAAUACAAAUUACUGAGUUUCUAUCGAUUUCUGUUUGCUCCUCUUCAUUUUUGGUACUUUACUAUUUUUAAAAGAUUAAAUGCUGGUCCAUUUUUGUCAGCAGGAGUGAGUGUGUUUCUCCAAAUUCCCUCCCAUCAGAUCGCACCCUGAUGUAGGAGCACCCUUCCCUAAUUCUGACAAAAACCCAGUGCACAGCACAGCCUACUCAGGGUCUUUUUAUAGUACUGUUUUGAAUCUAUUAAUGAUUUAAGGAAUAUAUUGAGGCUUACGAACACCUUGUUAAUAUGGCAUGAUCUCCAAUUAAUACAACUUGCAGUGUGGCAUACUGAAGAUAUGAAGCAUGAGGUAAGCGAAUGUACCUACACUGAGUAGGUUCAGUCUCCCUUGUAGAAUAACUUGAUAUAGUUAUGAAACCAAGUUGUAUUAACUAAUGUAUUCUUGUUGUUUAUUUUAGAUUCACUUUGUACUAUUUUCAGACUUCACAUUCUGGUGAUUCAGAAGUAAUUUGGAGCGUACAUUUUAAAAAGAGCUUUGAAACAGACUUUAAAGUUAUAAGUGUAAAAAUUUGUCAGGAUGUUAACAA